GUUCUUUCGCUCAAAACUCCCAGAACAAAACACCCAGAGCCUAUUGUCAGUCGCUGGAGCUGGUGUCUGAACCCUGAGCGUGGACCUAAAAAAAACAACAACCAACCUGCGUGGGCUGGACCAAACUGCCACGGCCCUCAUUUACCACAGGUUCAGCUCUGUGGACUCCAUCAGCUCCUGGACCACCUCUGUCCCACGAGCACUACGAACACCUCCACACCACACCCUCCAUCUCAUCCUUCUGCACUUCCACCUCUCUCUCUCUCUCUUUGUGUCUGUGUGUGUUUGUGUGCCCUUCACCUUCAGCACCCCACGUGUACAGUGCUAGCGUAUCAUGGAGAAAGUGCAGCACAUCACUCGUGCAGCCAUGAGGAGGGCGUCCACCAUGGAGGUUCCCCAGCAGGCUAAGCAGAACAUGCAGAACCUCUUCGUCAACUUUUGUCUCAUCCUCAUCUGCCUGCUGCUCAUCUACAUCAUCGUCUUGCUAAUCUCUUUCCAUAUGUGAAGGAUGCACGUUGUGGGGUAACUUCAUCAUCCUCCUCCCUGCACCUCACGCUGAUCACACCUGCCCCUGAGCCACACGGCGCCUCACUUUGAGCUCGCAACCUGCAAUCGUCCGGCUGCGACGUCUUCGCCAUGGAUCUCACCAACAACCGGGGUCUCAACUUGCUGCUCAACUUCCUGCUCAUCGUCAUCGUGCUGCUGCUCAUGCUCAUCCUGGUCAAGCUCAUGUGACGUGGGCUGAGGCGCUCAACGAGGGCACAAGACUUAAUAUGGCCUGAACACGUUUACUAUAGAGGGAGAGCUAUUGAGAUCUCUCUCUUACUCCCUUUCUUACACACACACACACACUUCUCUACUUGUAUCUCCACUAUAUAAAUCACAGUUUGGUGCAUCACUUUAAAAACUAAGUGCUUGUUAAAGCAACACAGAAAGUCUUUCAUUCAGAAAGUCAUUCAUUUGUGCAACAAAAAAUCUAAUCUGACCUUUUUUUUACCAUUAUUGUUUACCUCCUUGUUUAGAGAUGCCUAAAAACUAUUCUAAUGUGUGUAUAAUCUUCCACCAAAGAAGGCAGAAUAAAAGAUUCCACACCUAUAA